AUGGAUUUUAGAGAGGUGAAGGUGGUGGAGUCGUGCAUGGUGACACCCAGCGAGGAGACGCCUAGGCGAGGCCUGUGGCUCUCCCCGCUCGACCUCAUGCUCAUCAACCGAGGCCACACCCCCACCGUCUACUUCUACCGCUCCGACUCCGGCGCCACCGUCGAGCACUUCUUCGAUGUGGCCAGGAUGAAGGUGGCGAUGGCCAAGGCUCUGGUGGCCUUCUACCCGCUGGCCGGUCGUCUCGGCGUGGGCGUCCACGGCCGGGCAGAGAUCGACUGCGCCGGCCAUGGCGCGCUCUUCGUUGUCGCUCGCUCGGGCCUCACCGUUGACGACUUCAGAAGCUUUAGGCCAUCGCCGGAGCUAAGGAGGCUCUUUGUUCCCCGCGUCCAGCACGACUCGCCGUCCAUCAUGUGCGCCGUCCAGGUGACCUUCUUGAAGUGCGGCGGCGUGGCGUUAGGCACCGCGAUGCACCACGUCGCCGCCGACGCCAUCAGCGCGUUCCACUUCUUCCAGACGUGGUCCGCCUUCUCCAGGAACCCCUCGGCGGCGCAAGAACUCCCCGCCGUCCACGACCGCACACUCCUCCGCGCGCGCUCCCCGCCCUUCGUCCACCCCGACGCCCUCUCCGUCUUCUGCCCCAAGCUGAACCUAUCCGACCCGUCCGGGCCAAUCGUCAGCGAGACAUUCGACAUCUCCAAGGACCAGGUCGCCGCUCUCAAGCGUGCCUGCGCCGGGGACAGCGGCCGCGUGAGCACGUUCAGCGCACUGAGCGCCCACGUGUGGCGGUGCGUGUGCGUCGCCCGCCGGCUGCCUCCGGACGCCACGACGCGCCUCACCUUCCCGGCCAGCGUUCGGCGCAGCCUGAGGCCGCCGCUCCCUGCCGGCUACUUCGGCAACGGGAUCAUCUGGCUGGGCGCCGCUGGCAAGGUGCGCGAAGUCACCUCCGCGGAGAACCUGUCCUCCGUGACCGGCCGCAUCACAGGCGCUGUGCGCCGGAUGGACGACGAGCUGGUGCGCUCGGCGAUCGACUACUUCGAGCUGAGCCUCGUGGAGACGGACGGCCAGCCGGCGCCGGCUGGCUGCAUGCCGGAGACCGAGCUAAGGGUGAUCAGCUGGCUGGGCAUGCCGGUGUACGACGUGGAUUUCGGGUGGGGAAAGCCGCUGGCGAUGGUGCGCGCUGAGUCGGAGCGCGCCGGGUUUGUCUACCUCAUGGACGGCGGCCAGGGGGGCGGCGGCGUGCGCGUCCAUAUUUGUACAGAGGCCGAAAUCCUCAGCGACUUCCAGCGCCUACUCUAUGCCAAGCUCUAGCUCUAGGCUUUAACUCAAAAGCCUAGACAUGGACUGUUUCCUUUUUUCAAAAGAAGAAGGAAUAACCCGGACUCUGCA